AUGACCGAAAACAAACUUGCUGAAGAACAACCGAUGGAAAGUGACAGUGACAGUUACGAUGACGAGAUUAAGUAUGAAAACCUUAAAGAAGCAGGUGAAACAAUCAAUGGAACUGUUCAACAUUCGAUGAAACAUUUCCAACCGACCAAUAAGACUCUAUCAAAAUAUGUCGAUAAGAUAGAUAUCAGUCCAUAUUCACCUCGUAGUGGCCAUGUCGAUGAUGGAAAGUAUCGUUCGAAAGAUAAACAUGAUCGUGCUACUGUUGAACUAGUUCUCGAUCCACGAACACGUUUGAUUCUAUUCAAAUUUCUUCAACAAGGUCUAGUUGAAGAAAUCAAUGGAUGUAUAUCAACUGGAAAAGAAGCAAAUGUUUAUCAUGCUCGAACCAGCGCCGACGAACAUCGUGCCAUCAAAGUUUACAAAACAUCUAUUUUAGUUUUUAAAGAUCGCGAUCGAUACGUGACAGGAGAGUACCGUUUCCGACAUGGAUAUUCAAGGCACAAUCCAAGAAAAAUGGUGCGUUUAUGGGCAGAAAAAGAAUAUCGAAAUCUAUCACGAUUGCACUCAAAUGGUGUGCCGUGUCCAAAGCCCAUUGCCUUGAAAAAUCACGUUCUAGUCAUGGAAUUUAUCGGCGAGAAUGGUUGGCCAGCUGCAAAACUAAAAGAUUCUCCUCUAUUAGAUGAAACUCAGGCAUUUGCUCUAUAUCUUCAGUUAAUUCAUUACAUGCGUAUUAUGUUCGUUAAAUGCAAAUUAAUCCAUGCAGAUUUAUCGGAAUUCAAUCUACUUCUUGAUUCCAAAAAUCAAUUAUACGUUAUUGAUGUGUCCCAGUCUGUAGAGCAGGCUCAUCCCAAUGCAUUAGAAUUUCUUCGGAUGGAUUGUCGAAAUGUGACUGACUAUUUCGCUAAACGAUACACACUGAAAAAUCUCUUGACAAUGCAGCAACUAUUCAACUACAUCACCGAUCCUACAAUCACUGAUUCUAACGAACAAGCGUAUCUUGAUAAAAUGAUUGAACAAGCAACGAAUAGACGGUCGGAUGAAACAACUGACGAAGUUGACGAACGCGUUUUCCAACAGAUCUUUAUUCCUCAAACAUUAGAUGAUUAUUGCGAGACAACAUCAAAGGAUCUUCGGCAAGCGUCAACAAUCUUAGGUAUGAAUGAAUCGAUGACAGGUGCUCGUUUGGUGCCAACUAUACUUGCAAGCGACGAUGAUCAAUCGUCGAGUGACAGUGAAACAUCUAGCGACGACGACAGCGAUGCAAGUGAUUAUGCAUCAGCUGCCGAGGAAAUCCCAUCACAAGAAUCAAGCGCUGUCCAAGGCAAUGUACGUCCGCGUGACGAAUCUCCAAACUCGAAACGAUUGCGAAAACAAGCUAUUCGGGAACAAAAACGAGAACGAAGAAAAACUAAAAUACCUAAACAUGUGAAGAAACGAGCAGAAAAGCUCGGUGGUGAUAAACGAAAACGAAAAUGA